CUUGUAUGAGGGACUCGGCGAGCGAGCGAGCGAGACAGGGGAGAGCGAGAGCGCAAUCGGUCGGAAAUCACUUCACUCUCACAUAGGCUAUCCACAGAAUAGACGCGCGCGGUGAGCUGCGGCAAGAGCGCGAGCCCCGACGUCCUCAGUAACACUGAAUGGUGAACUGAUGAUGAGAGAACGCGGACUGGACACUACCGGACAUAGCAGUGGAAGAUUUUUUUUUCUCUUUUCACUUGUAUGCACAGACAGUUGUUGACUGAAGGCUGAAGUUUUGGAGGAUGCUGUCGUGUGGAAUUGGACGUUUCGGGAUGCUGUGAACCCGGUCCGGAGUAGCGCUGGUUCGGGGUUUUCCUUUCGUGCGCAAGGAGAGGACACUUCUCUCUGAUGUGCGUAACCACCAUCAGCCAAGUUACGCGCUCUUAUUUUCUGACGUGACACUUUUUUCCGAUUCAAUUUUACUGAAGCAUCCGUGUUAAAAAAAGAGGAAUUUUAAAGAAAAAAGAAAACAAAAGAGCUGUCAGCGGACAGGGCGCUGUUUUUGUAUCGACAGGAUUGCGGUGGUGCUGAAUUUGGAUUUCCAAGGCACUUCAUUUGUGGUGUGGAAAGGGAACACGGCUUUCGGUCCGACUCUAUCAGCCAAGACUAACUAAUAGUGAGGAGUAACUAUCCGUCAAGCAACAGACUGACGAUGUGCCAGAGUGCCAAUGCGAUGUGGUCACGGUGGAGUGCCAUGCUAGUGUGGAUUUUGCUUCUCCUCUGUUGCUCUGCAAAUGUAGUCAACACCAUCAUCUACCAGGUGACCGAGGAGCAGCCGCCCAACACCCUGAUUGGCAGCUUGGCAUCUGACCAGGGCCUGCCAGACACAGGUCACCUUUACAAGCUUGAAGUGGGCGCUCCUUACCUCCGUGUGGAUGGCAAAACAGGGGAUAUCUACACCACGGAGACCCCGAUCGAUCGUGAGACUCUCAAGGACUGUCGCAACCUUUUCGAGGGUGAUCCUUGUUUCCUAGAAUUUGAGGUGUCUAUAACAGAUCUGAUGAAAGGCACAGGACCUCGGCUCAUCGAAGGCCGCAUAGAGAUAUUGGACGAGAACGACAACACUCCACAGUUCUCUUCACCUGUCUUGACGUUGUCGAUCCCAGAGAACACUCAUGUGGGUGUGCUAUUCCCAAUUCCUGUGGCCACCGACAAGGAUUCUGGAAGCAACGGCAUCGCAGAUUACGCGCUAACGACUGGCCCUGAAGCUGCCAACCUUUUCAGCCUGCAGGUGGCGCAAGACUCAGAUGAGAAAUUGCCACAGCUCAUAGUAUUGGGUAACCUGGAUAGAGAGCAGCGAGAUUCAUAUGACCUCAACAUAAAAGUGAUUGACGGCGGCUCUCCACCUCGCCAGAGUAGUGCCCUGCUCAGGAUCACCAUUACAGAUGCCAAUGACAAUGUGCCCAAAUUUGAGAAGACACACUACGAGGGUGAGCUGCCAGAAAACAGCCCAGUGGGUCACUCUGUUCUACAAGUGAAAGCCAAUGACUCUGACAUGGGGCCCAAUGGAGAGGUGACCUACAGCCUUCAUCAGGCACCACCAGCAGUCCAAAGACUUCUUAGCAUUGACCGCAACACAGGUACCAUUUUUGUCAAAGGCUUGGUGGAUCGUGAAGAUAUCAGCAUGCUCAAGUUCUAUGUCCAAGCUAAAGACAAUGGUCCCCAAUCAAAGAGCUCCAAAUCCCUUGUGACUAUCACAGUGAAGGACCAGAAUGACAAUGCACCCUUAAUCAGGAUCCGGGGCAUUGGUCUUGUGACGCAUGAAGAUGGUGUUGCUAACAUUUCGGAGGACAUGCCUGUGGGCACAGCUGUGGCUCUGGUGGAAGUAUCAGAUCAUGAUGAGGGUGAAAAUGCAGUUGUGACCUGUGUGGUUGCAGGGGACGUCCCAUUUCAGCUGCGUUCAGCUAGCGAAAUUGGUAAUGACCGCAAGAGGAAGUACUUCCUCCAGACAACCACGCUACUGGACUUUGAACGGGUCAAAGACUACAGGAUUGAAAUUGUGGCAGUGGACUCUGGCAAUCCUGCACUUUCCAGCACAAAUUCCCUGAGGGUGCAAGUGACAGACAUGAAUGACAACUCCCCGGUCUUCUCACCCUCCUUGUACCAGGUGGAAUUUGCUGAGGAGAACCAGCCAGGUGACAAGGUUCUGGAUGUGUUAGCCAUGGAUGCUGACAGCGGGACUAAUGCUGAGCUGACAUACAGUAUAACUGGUGGAUCAGUCCCUGAGGGACUGUUUGAAAUUAACCCUAACACAGGAGAAGUACGUGUCAUGAGCCAGUUGGACCGUGAACAAUUAGAUCACUAUCAGUUUCUAGUUGCAGCAGCUGAUAAAGGCGUACCAAGCUUGAGAGGAACUGCCACUGUUGUUGUUAAGGUGCUCGACAGAAACGACAAUGACCCCAAAUUUAUGCUCAAUGGUUACAGCUUCUCAGUCCAAGAGAACAUGCCACCCCUUAGUCCUGUUGGAAUGGUAACAGUCACCGAUCACGAUGAGGGUGACAAUGCUCGUGUUCAACUCUUUGUAGAACCAGACAAUGGCAAGUUUAUGAUUCAAAAUGGAACGUACACCAUCCUUUCGACUAUUUCCUUUGACAGGGAAAAGGAGAGUACCUACAGUUUCCGACUUAAAGCUGUUGAUGGAGGUGAUCCACCACGUUCCUCCUACGUUGGCAUUACUAUUAAUGUCCUUGAUGAGAAUGACAAUGCUCCUUAUGUCACCAAGCCCUCAAACUCCUCAUACAAGUUCUUAGAUCCCCACACCAGCCCAGAAACCCAUGUAGAACGCGUUGAGGCGGAGGACUUUGAUAUUGGCUUAAAUUCUGAGAUGGACUUCAGUAUUGUGGGGGGUAACCCUCAUGGCUUGUUCCGCAUCUCUUCGGAAGGUGAGGUUACGUUGGCUAAAGGGUUCACAUCCAAGCACAUUGGUCUCCACCGUUUGGUAGUAAAAGUUAAGGACAGAGGGACACCGCCUCGCCAGACGACUGCACUGGUUCACAUCUAUGUCAAUGAGACCAUCGGCAAUGUUUCGCAUGUCGAAGGACUUGUUGGACACAGUCUUUAUACGCCACUUGAAAUGGACAUUGCAGGAGAUCCAGAUUAUUCUCAUGACCAGCAAAGUAACAUUCUCUUUGGAGUCUUGGGCGGCCUUUUUGUGGUCAUUCUGAUCUUUGUGGUGGCAGUGAUCAUCAGGCAUGUGGUGAAGGAGAAUAAAAGCGGCUACCAAGCAGGCAAGAAGGAGACCAAAGACCUCUAUGCUCCCAAACCAGGACCUAAGAGUAACAAGAACAAGAAGGCAAAGAAAAGCAAAGCUCCAAAGCCUGCCAACCCGUCUGAAGAGGACGAGGGGGGAAGUCUUCAGAAAGGCCUAAAGUUCAACCUCAUGGAUGAGACCGUCAACGAUAGCCCUAGGAUUCACCUGCCGCUCAACUAUCCCCCUGGGAGCCCAGACCUGGGGCGACACUAUCGGUCCAAUUCUCCUCUGCCAUCCAUUCAGCUCCAACCUCAGUCACCUUCUGCCUCAAAGAAACACCAGGCAGUGCAGGACCUGCCGGCCACCAACACCUUUGUAGGAACCGGGGACAACAACUCAACAGGCUCAGACCAGUAUUCGGAUUACAGCUACAAGGCCAACUCUUCAAAAUACAGCACCAAACAGCUCCCGCAUCGCCGAGUGACCUUCUCCACAGCCAAUCAGGCGCAAGAUCUGCAGGAUCCUUCUCAGCACAGUUACUAUGACAGCGGCCUGGAAGAGUCGGAGACACCCAGCAGUAAGAGCUCUUCAGGGCCGCGUAUCGGGCCCCUCGCCCUACCCGAAGACCACUAUGAACGCACCACCCCUGAUGGCAGCAUCGGAGAGAUGGAACACCCCGAGAAUGAUCUGAGGCCUCUACCUGACGUGGCCAUGACGGGAAAAUGCACGCGCGAGUGUACGGAAUACGGCCACUCGGAUUCCUGCUGGAUGCCCGGACAGCCCUCACCCAACCGCACCAAGAGUGACAAGAGUGGGCCCAAGCUCUCCACCUUCGUGCCUUACCAGGAGAGGGAGGGUCAGGAGCGUCUGAUGGCUGACAGCAGCUCUAAGCCUCAUGGAGAGGAGCGGAGCGGAGGCGGGAGCAACAAAGUGGCCAGCAUUCGCUUUUUGCCUCCCUACACUAGUGCCUAUUCUACAGGCGGCGACUCCGGCAAGGACUGCGCCCGUGAGGAGAUCCCCCUCAGUCAGACAGCCGAUUACGUCCCUGCCACUACACCCUCCAACCAAGGCUCCAAAAGAGAAAUCUACCUGUGAUUCAUCUGUCAUCCGCCUAGGUUCGAUUCCACAUUUGAUCCAAUUUACUUGUGAUCAGCAAUGCCUGUGAGAGGAUAAAAAGGCCUCGUUUUCAGAACACCUGCUAAUUCUACUACACCACCAGACGCCGAUUUACACUCAAUGUGCAUCUCCAAUCCCCUCAAUCCACAAUCCUAAUGGCUGACACAAAACAGCUAGAGACCUUCUUUAAAAACCUUGGGGUUUUAUACAACCCUGCACGUUGCUAGAGGCUCUGGAAGCCAAAUAGGGAAAGAAAAGAAAAUAGAAAACAAGUUUGUGAAUAUAAAAUGAAGAACACAAUCCCCAUGUACACAUCUAAUGAAUGAAUGUAAGGACAUUUUUUAAGUGAACAUUGUGAUAAGUUAAUGUCAAGGUUAUAUUCCUAUUUGAUUCUGAAUUUUGUUUGUUUAUAUAUAAAUAUAUACAUAUAUUACUUAUGAUCAGACUAGUUAUGCUUACCUAAAAACAUGUACACUGACCUACACAUCCAAAUAGUACCUUUUUGUUCCUUUAUGUGUGUAUCUCUACUAUGAACUCGAGCCAGAAGAACUGGCAAACCAAAUACUGGCAAACCAAGAGUGAAAUACAUUCUCACAAUGUAUAAUUUACUGUAGAGAAAACAUAUUCACCUUUCUUAAAGCACUGAAGGGUAAUUGUUUCUUACAUUUGUCUUUUUUCAUAGGAAACUCUUUUCUUAAUGUACAGUGAUGUAAAUACCAUACGUCUGACAGAACAGUUUUGAUUUAUGAUUUAGCUGUACAGACCCGCAUAGCCGUGACUUCCUUGUGUUGAUGGUAGUAGAAGGAACAUUGCUCAGAGGAUUUGCCUCCCUGUUAGUAAAAGAAGGACAACAGUUUUGGACCACGGAAUGCUAUAGAUAAUCCAUCCGUAUGAGCCUCCACAGUUUGGCUUUAUGGGAAUCACACGAACAUGGAAUUUGGGGCAAAAUCCAACGGAAACAAAUGAAUUCCAGCAGGUUUGCAUGAUGCCAUUUGUCAUUUCGGACAAAUUUGACAGGCUUCAUCGGUUCCCAUAGGAAGCUCUCCCAGUGACUGUGAUAGUCUUUUGCUUCAUAAGAAGACGACAUACAAGAAGGUUUUAGGUGUGUUGCCCUCUGGAAGAGCUUUGUUCAACCCAUCCAAUCAUUUGGAAGGAGGAACAACUUUUACAAAAAAAAAAGAGAAAAAAAAAAAUACCUGAACUGUCCAUGUGCUGUGCAAUAGCCUACUCAUUUUUGGACGUGUCAAACUCUGUUGUGUAGAUGUGUGGUUUUGUCAGAGAUUUUUGCUCUACUCUGUGGUGACCCUGUCAAAAUGAAUGCAACACACGAGAUAGAAAUGUUCAAAAAUCAUGACAGCAGAACAUUUCUCUCGUGUUUGACCACAUUAAAGUUGUAUUCAACAAAUCCAGUAUAUUCUAGAACAUCUGUUUUAAGUGUACUUUGAGCAUAUGACAUAAGACUCCUGAAGCGAGCUUAAGUCUAAAUUGUGCUAACCUAUUCCCGCAAUGUCACGCUCGUCUAACCAGGGAGCUUUUGUUGGAAAUGCUCAUUUCCACAUCUAAAAGCAAGGUCUUUCAGAAAGUUUACAGGAAGUUCAUUUAGGGCCGUUAUUAAUAGCGGCUGGCGGUAACAGGGAUUGCUUCAGUUGCAACGCAGGUCAGCAAAAGAUAUAAUGAGUAUUCGAGGCCUGAGCUAUACACACGCUAAGUGCACUAUAAUUUACACCAUGUCACACAGCUAAGUCGCCACUUAAAACCGACUCUGGUGAAAAAAACGGGGAUAUUGCCAUUAACUCUGUAGGUGUCGAUUCAACGUUCUCAGAAAUUUGUGCUUUGGGUUCAAAACAACAGAAACAGAAAAACAACAACUACAGACAAAGUGACCCAACGCUAAAGGCUGUUGUCUCAGGUGAUGGAUGUUUGGUGCAACACUUCAGACAUUGCACUUCCUUUUGUGAGUUUGAAUUCAUUUAGUUCACAGCUGACCCCUUUAUUUGAAGACUGGAAGACCAAACACUUAAAUGACUAAGUAAAUAAAGACGUAUUUCCAGUUUUACUGGGUCUUUGGUCCCUGUGUGUCACAUGACACCAUUUUUUUUUUAUUUUUUAAACAAGCAUUGCUGAGCUUGUGACAGACCUGAGGAGAUACCAUUGUACGCAUAUAACUUCCUGUUCUUUGUAAUCAUCCCAGCAACUACUGACCUUCGAGCCGUUUCCUGCAGUGACAAACAGAAGCUGGUCAGGACCUCAAAUGCUGUAUGACAGUUAGACAGUCUUUCACUCCCACUGGGAAAUCCUGGAAUUUAUCCCCGGAGAGCAACUGUCACAGAUACUGAUAGGUCAAAACACUCGAAGUGUAUGUGAACGUGUGCGUCUUUGCGACCUCUGUAACAGACAGUGUAGGUACACAGAGGGAUCCGCUCACUGCCUUUAAAGCAAGGAAUUUUUAAGCGCUACAUAUACAUUUUGUUUUUUGUUUUGUUUUUUGGCUAGGAUUUUCAAUGGCCAAAUUGUGUUGUGGCAUCUCGUUGAAUAAAAUGGUUCUUACUGUGUGAAACAUUGGACAGUGGUGCUGAGAAUCUGAUGAAAAAAAGUCUUAAGAUUGUCAUAGGGUGAAAAGCAAGAAAAAUAAACAUUGUAUAAGGGGGGAAAUGGUUUAGUGUUAUAAUCCUGCAAUUGUAGCUGUUAGUUUGUUAUUUGACAGCAACAUGUUUUAAGUGUGGGGAUUCUGUCAUUUUUUUCAAUUCUAUUUUUUUUUUUUUGGACAGUUUCUAGGUCUGAAUGAAUCUGUGGCUCAAAAUGUAUACUCAACCAAUCUUUUUAAUUUAUUUUGAACUAGUGAACUGCUGUUGUUUCAUCCCAAGCAUAAUCUCUAAUUAUUUAUGUUUAAGCUAAUUUAAGAUACAUUCCACACAACCCUGUUAAACAGUAUUGUUAUCAGCAAUACACUUAUGUCCUGCUUCCACGAUUUCACACUAUUAGAGCUAAAUUGACAAUAGUUAUUUGUUCUAUAGGCUAUAUAUACGUGUUGAUUUUUUAUUUAUUUUAUUUUUUAUGAGGAUGUCUAAUGCAGCACAUAAUGUGAACAAUCACCUUUUUUUGUACCUACAAUCUUUUCUUUAGUCUUGUGUCCACUUUAUGACCAGGCCCAUAUGGAAUCUUCUUUUCUUGCCUUGGUAUUUGAAGAAAAAAAAAAAAUCUGCGUAAUGGAUUUGAACAUGGUAAAA